UUCGUGUGCUGCGGCGGAUAUCUCGCGGUGUGUUGUUUUGUGUUUUAUCUCUGCGUGUCGCCUCAGCAUAUCAUAUAACCGAAAGUGGCGUAGUGCUCUCCAUUUCUCCCACCCCACGUAAUAUUGUGCCUGCACCUGGGAUACCAUCGAUUCGCCGAUUUUCACCGCAACGCGCGGGUAUCGUUGGCCUUGGAGUCGCGGAAUCGGUGUGGUGUUUGGCGAAGGCGGAAGCGCGAGUGAGAAAGGGCGACGAAGCAUACCACCCCGGGGGAGGGGUGGCAGUGUUGGUGGUUGUGACGAUAUCGCCGGCGGUUGCUGCGUGGUAUUCGCAUUCUCGGCUCCUUCGUGCGUGCGUGUGAAGUACGUAGUUUCGCACCGCGACCACCCACCCACCCACCCACCUAUUUACCCAGCAUCCAACCAUAUUAAGCAGGCGGGGGUGGGGCGCCGUAACACGGUGCGGAAUUGUGCGUGUGUAUGCUGUUGUGAUUAGAGUGCGUCACAGCGCGUUGCUGUGGAAAGCCCGGGAUAAAUUCAAAAAAAUCGGAAAAGCCACCCUACUGAGAUGAUGGCAGUGCUGGUGUAGAAGUGAAAGAGUAAACAAGAUAUCCGGUGAAAAUUGCAUCGAAUCGGCGGCGCUCAUCCGACCGUCGCCUGUUCGUGUGUAGACGGGGGAGGGAGUGUUUUAGUGUUCUGCUGCGUGCCCAUCAAUUGCAUCGCACGAAGAAAGGAGAACGCCAAGCGACCAUUGGCGAAAAGUGGAUUUGGCUGAAGGUUAAGAGCACAUUGAAGCCACCUCGAUGAAGGAGUGUACCGUUUAACAUCGCAGGACCUUUUCAUCUCACAGCGCCCACAGACAGACAGGAAGGAGGAAACCGGAGGCUUGGUUAAAGGAUUCGAAGGAGGCGCUUCGACGCCUCGCCAAAGCUCUGUACAUACUUGGAGACAAUACUUUGGUGGGGUUCACAUAGCGUGGACACGAAAUUGUGUAAAAAUGAAGGCAAACGGUACGCGUACGGUUUCGCUUGAGCGUUCGAGGAGUAAAACCGCCGGCACAAGCGGUUACCAACGACGAGAUGCCGAUAACCGCAGGCUCGAUGGAUCAGUAAAACGGAACCAGCAGCAGCUGCAGCAACAGCAACAGCAGCAGGACCAUCAACAACCAUAUUGUGGAAGCAUGUAUCGGUAUCAGCAGGCACAACACCAACAACGAACGUCAGCGAACGAGCUGCAAGAACACCGGCCACCAACCAGAAGGCGAAUGUCGCUCCAUUCCGUCGCGAAACCUAAACUAGUGCCACGGUUUACGCGCCUUCAAGUGUUAAGAAUUAUCAAAUUAGCGACGAUGGACAAGCUAGCGGAUGACCCGGCCGGAGGCGGUAGUAUCCGGCAACAGGCGGGUGUAGCACCCGGCGACGAAGGAGUCGGAGUAGCAGUAAAGAGGGAAGGUGACGGACCGUCGGACGAGUACCACCAUCAGUUCUACAACACCGGUCGGAUAGGGCGCCGAAACGCGCUACCAGACAUCCUGGGGACACACUGCACGACGACCACGGCCGACCUUUCGUCGCAACUGGGAGCCCUCUCUACCUCGGAAUGUACCGGUAAAUCGCCCGAAGACGGAAGUCUAGCACCAGCGAACAACGGAGCACAGCCGCCCACCACGACGGCAACGUAAGAAGACGUCAUGAGGACGACCACGAUGACUACCAUCCACCAAUCGGGGAACACGACCACCGUAACUCUCGAUCCAUCAAGCAAAGCUUCUCUUGUGUACGCUCUGCCCGCUAAGCCAAAGAUAAUUUCGUAAAGGGAUAGAGAGGCAGAGAGUAAGAGACAAGCAAAGAGUGUGUAUGUGUGUGUACGUGUGUAGUAAAGGAAAGAGUGAUAGUAGUAUAUCCCUGCUGUGUGGUCUCUGCGCACAGUAGGAACAGGAGACGCGGUAUCGAUGGCGAAGUAUUGGGCUUCGAUCGACAACGAAGCCUAUUCCGUGCGCUGCUGGUAGGCAGUGGUAAUGGUCGUGUCGGCAGCCGUGAUUCCCCACUGUCUGCACCGACCGAGGCGAUUAUGUUGUCAACCAACAAUAAUACUUAUUACAUUGUGAUGUGACGAACGGUAAGGGGCCGCUAAAUGCUGCCGGACGAUUUGUAUCGAAUUGACGAGGCUUGUUGUGUGGCUAACUCGCGCUAUGGGUGAGCAUUGGUUAGUUCUUCGGUAAUGUCUCCCUGUAAACCAGUGGAUGCGCUAUAUGUUACUACUGUUACUACUAUUAAUACUACUAGCUGCACACAUAAAUGCACACACAGACACACAUCCACCACACACCACUAUUUGUUCCUUUUGCAAAAUGCGGAGAAGCAUGGAUUUCCAUUGUUCCCGUGUUUUAAGCUACUACUUCCACGGUAGGGUUGCCUUCUCUCUGGCGGAUUCUCAUCAAACCUUAGACAAACAUUUAGGGCUCCCUAGCUAGAUGGGCUUCACCCAGUUCCCAAAGUACAAACACCAACACCGGCGGAUUGGUCGGUGGUUCGAGUGGUCCCGGUUGAAGGCAUGUAAUGUUUGGUUCCUUUCGGUUUGCGCUUCUUCCAACGCGCGCUCAAACCGGUUUAACCGUAUCAGUAUAUCCUUUAUAUCCUUUUACUUGUUUCUAAAUCUAUUUCUCUUAGACGAAUUCCUUGAUGGAGAAUCGAUAUCAAUGAACUUAUAAUUUAAGUUUAGUGUAGAGGAUGAAGGGAGGAUUAAUUCUUGAAGAGGAAUAUUUCUGUUUUAUGGUGAAGUUGUAAAGAGUGUUCCAUUAGCUGCACGUUGCUGGUAUUGUCUAUUUGUUCCUUUAAUUUCCAAACGAAAACCAAAGCAGCAAGUCUCAGUGUCCCAGUGCUGUGUUUCAGGAGUUUUAGAUGGAAUAUAAUUUUGCUGUGGUUAGUUGCGAAGAACGUUGCUUCGAACACUGCUUCGAACGCUUGUUUGGACGUUCGGUUGUUCAUGUAAAAUCUCUCUUUUAUUCACACACCCUUAUCUCGUUCUCUGUCCCUCUUGCCCUCUCUAUUUAGCCAGUCAUCUAGCUAACAUUAACAUAUUUCAUCGAACUAUGUAGCGGGAAGUAACUGGUUGUCCAGAGUUUGGUCGAGUAUUGGCUGGGGUAUUUAUGCGAGUAUCGGUUGCUCGUCUAGCAGAACUUUGAUGUGCUUUUGUUAAACUGAUUCAGUUUGAUUUAAGACCGGGAGCGUUUGCAGUUUCAACAGGAUCAUUAUGUAUGUGUGUGUGUGUCUCUAAGCAUAAAGAGUAUUUCCAUGUGAUAAUUAGACCAACAAAACUAGCAAAACUUACCUUGCCUAGUGCGUGACAGUGCCAGUGCGGUGUACUACUUCAUCCCAUAUCUUACUUAAUUGCUUGGCUCUCUAUCUCCUAAACGUACACCAUACACGCUAACACAUACACUCUCUGUCCUGCUGUUCCAUACUAAUAUGGUAAUAUCAUUUUGUUCAUAUCGCAAGUUUGUGCAUAAGGCUUUCGAUUGGUUUUGUUAUCUUUAAGCAAACAAUUGCGUAUCGUACUAGCAAAGCUUUUUUGAAUGUUGUCUAGAGAUUGUCGUACAGCGAGUAGGGGGCGGACUGGCGAGAUGCUAAAAAAAUGGUAGAUUAACGUUAACAGAAACUCCAGAUGACUGUGUAUAAGGGCUCGAAGUGGAAGUAAAAGGAGCAUACCGAUUCUUGUCGAUUAAAGGUCGAUUAAAAGAAGAUAGAGAACUUGCGAUAAUAAAGAGAGACACGAGAUGAUGCGGACCGACGAUACCAAAAGUCAUUGUUAUUUAUGUGUCAAUUGUGAACCACAAAAAUCAAAGCAAACAUUGCGAACAGAAUUUGUAAUAUCGCGUACUCGUAGGCUAUAUUCUCGUAGCAGGUGAUUUGAAAUCGAAACCCCCAUUUCCGGUUGGCGGAAAUAGAAGAAAAGUGAUGGAGAGAAAGAGAGAAAGGCAAGGAAGGAGGAACAAUUGUAAACCAAAUUUACAAAAAGCUAUACAAUUAUAUUGGCAACGAUGUACGAGUGAUGCGGGAAGAAUACUAGGGGUAGAUAACAAUUGGGUGAAGUUGUAACAAUCGAUUGGCACACGUAACAAGGAUCCGGAAGGAAAAUAGGUGCGUGCCCAGCCCAAAACAAUAAACAUACAUUCAGUGUGAAUUUUGUUGCUAUUAUUAUUGAAAAAAAACCAUUUAUCCAUGCAACUCUAAAUGAUCGCUGAUAAUUGGAGCACCGAAGCUUUGCCAUCUGGUCGAUGAAUCUGGACGCGUACGAGCAAGUGUCGCUAGAUCAGUCCUCUGGCGCUGUGUAUAGUACGCAGCAGUAACAAUUUACCCUUUGUUGACACCACCAUUGAUUUCACACGCAUAAAUACACUGCAUAAUUUGUGGGGCAAAGCGUGUAUAAACUGUAUUAGGAGGGUCAUAUUUAUAUUAAAAGAACGAAAAAUGAUCGUAUGUAUUACUGACGAAUAAAAGAAACGUU